AUGGAAAAGGGUAAAAAGGGCAGGAGACCUUUCCCUGUCCUUCGUCCCCCAUCUUCUCUCCUCAAACCCGCCUACCCCACUACUCUACCCGCACAAACCGCCCCGCAUCACGCCGAUCAGCCUUAUGACCGUAUCUCGACCACCCACGGCACCAUCGCCGCCAGGGCUGUCUCAUUUCAUGGACAGCUCCUAAGCGGCGUCACCCCUCUCCAACUAGCACAGAAUGGCCUGUAUUACAAGCCACUAGGGCCGAACAACCGAGCUGCAUGCUGCUUUGCCUGUGGAACGACAACCCCUUUAACCACAUUCUUGCGAGCCCCCAUCGAAGAAAUACCGCGACUUCACACAGAGAAUUGCAUGUGGCAGAUCAUCUAUCGCGAUCUAAAAUCACAUUUCGAAAACCCCGAUCCAGUGUCCCAGUCAACAACUACUUCGGCCAAAUCAACACCUACGCACCACCACCUUCCCUCCAACAGAUUACCCCCGAAGGCAACCAUUUCGAACCUCAGCAUACAGUACGAGAAAUCUCCAGCGGCCGGUCCUACUACUCUUACCAGACCCCCACCAACCCCGCUACCUCAACCGCUACCGUCGCAGCAAGCCGGCUCUCCUCACCCUCUCCAAUUGGCACAGACUGCUACUUCUCCACCUCAACUCCAAAAACCGACCUACGCCUCGGUCAUCCAACGUGCACCCACAUCUUUAGCGCAACCGACACCUAAAACUCACCAACCCGCACCUCCCCCUCAAAUUCACACUCACAAUCGAAGAUCUUCAUCGUCGUUUUCACAAUAA